GAGACUUCUCCUUGUUGUGGUUUGAUUGUGGAAAGUUUUUUGAGUUGGAAGGGGGGUUUUAUCAUCAUUGAGGGUUUUGAUGCGGUUGCGGAGCGGCGUGCGACAUUUCAGCUCCUGGACGACGACGACGACGGCAACGACGACAAAGGCUAGGAUGGCACUGUAUCGACGGCCUUCGACGGUGACUGCUGAGGAGGAGAAGCUCAUCUUCGCCCCAGCAGGCCACCAACCCCACGGCCAAGCCCCCCAAUUCACCCUCUCCCGCCUCCGCAGGCGAGACCUCAACCCGGACUCCCCGAUCCCGCAGUUCCACGCAUGGUUCUCCCUCGCCCAGCGCACGCCCUCCAUCUCCCAGCCCGAAGCCUGCACCCUAUCCACGGCGGAGCUGCCCUCGGGCCGCGUCUCCUCCCGCGUCGUCUACCUCAAGGAGCUCGACGCCCACGGCUUCGUCAUGUACACCAACCUCGGCACCUCGCGCAAGGCCCGCGACCUCGCCACCAACCCGCACGCCAGCCUCGUCUUCUACUGGCCCCCCUUGCAGCGCCAGGUCCGCGUCGAGGGCAUCACCGAGACGAAUUCCCGCGAGGAGAGCCAGACGUACUUUGAUACCCGUGUCAGGGGCAGCAGGAUCGGGGCUUGGGCCAGUCGCCAGUCUACCGUCCUGACGCCAAAAAAGCCCAAGAAGUCUGCGCAGCAACUAGCAAACGGCGUCGACAACAAGCCGUCUUCUUCUGACCCUGACCAAGCUGUAGAGGAUGAUGAAGAAGAAGAAGACGACGGAAGGGCCCAGCUGGAGGAAUGGGUCAAGGAGGUCGAGGAGCGCUUCAAGGGCCAGGACAAGAUCCCCGUGCCCGACUUCUGGGGCGGCCUCCGCCUCGUACCGCAGCGCGUCGAGUUCUGGCAGGGCAGGGAGAGCAGGCUGCACGAUCGCUUCGUGUACGAGUGGGAGGAGGGCCAGGACGGCAAGGAGGGCAAGUGGAGGCUCGAGAGGCUGAGUCCCUGA